AUGUCGGCAUUCAUUGUGACGGACACGAUUGAAGGGAGUAGGGAGCAAGAAGGUGGACAUUCCAACAGAACGUGGAGCGUAAUAAGUGCAAUGCAGAAGUUAGCAGCAGGCAAGCUGUCAUCCUUACUGAACUGUUCGCUCAAGUUCUUCCCUAAGUUGGCACUGAAGCGUGCUAGGGAACUCGAUGUUUACUUCAAGGUAAACAAGUGCACUGUAGGCCCUCUCUAUGGCCUUCUAGGUCUUGAAACCACUAUGGGCUACGUCGACUGGAUUAGAAAGUAUAAUCAGGAGGAGUCGGUACUAGUAACUAUCCUUCGUAAAGCUAGAGCAGUUUUUUAUGUUAAGACCAGUGUACUACAAAGCUUGAUGGUAUAUAAGACAGUUAAUAAUAUUAUAGGCUGGACAAUAAACCCUUAUAACAGGAACUGGUCUUGUGGAGGCAGUUCUAGCAGUAAGGGCGCUUUGGUUAGGUUUUAUAGCGCUUUAAUUAGUGUAGGGACUGACAUUGCGAACAGUAUAGCAGGCCAAGAAACAGUGCACAGCGUGUGCGGACCGAUGGCACACAAUCAAUACAAUUCCAAGGUGAUCCCAAUGCCUUGGCGCCCUAACAAGGAAACUAUAAUCAAGAGCAAAAUCUCUUCUAAUGACCUUAUACUUGCCUUCUACAUUAUGCAGCUAGUCGUUGAUGCAUUGAAACAGGCUGGCUAUACUAUUGUACCAUGGAAGCCUUACAAACACCAAUACGCUGUUGAGCUAAUCAACAGAAUCUAUGCUUCAGAUGGCGGGGACGAUGUUUAUGCGACGCUUAAAGCAUCAGGCGAGCCGGCAAUAACCAAUUUCUCCGAUCUUAUCGACCUAACCCUGCCCAAGCUAGACACGGAUAAAAUAUGGGACGCGAAUUUGGACAGGUGGCAGUAUCAGAUGGAAUAUUUAGACCAGAUCCGUGCAUUUGAAGAGGAGAAUCACAGGGAGCUAGAUGCAAUCAUCGCUCUGAUCACACCAACAGCAGCUAUUAGGCAUGACCAGUUCAGAUACUAUGGAUACGCAAGCGUCAUCAAUCUGUUAGAUUUCACCAGCGUUGUGGUACCUGUUACGUUUGCCAACAAGAACGUCGAUGUCAAGGAUGAGAACUUCAAGCAGUUGACUAACAUGGAUGGUGUUAUGCAGGCUGAGUAUGAUCUAGACGUGUACCACGGCGCACCAGUUGCUGUGCAAAUUAUAGGCCGGCGGCUUAGUAAAGAAAAGGUUUUAAUGAUUGCAGCAGAGAUUAUACGGGUAAGCGGAUCACUCUGCCAAGACCACACUAAACCUCUACCUUACUACGCGAUGCCUUAG